AGUGUUCAAGACGAACAUGGCGGCAAUUUAACCCAGGUCCAAGAUGACUGUGGCCAUCGGGAGAAAAGAUCCAAGGCAUUCAACCCAGAUACGAACCGGAAAAAAUCAACUGGGGCACAAUCAAACGGCUUUUGCUUUCUCAUAAUUGAAUCUGGGAAACUGCAGCAGUAACGGCAACAGCAUUGAUAAGCUGGCCACAGCUGGUCUCUCUGCGCGCGAGCACCACCCCGGAGAGGAGAAGAGAGGGAGCGAGGCGCGAGGCAUGCGGUUACAGAGAACGUGGUUUCCCCCCGGAGAGCCAUGGAGAACGGGGAUGCGGCAGCGCGAGGCUUAAUCUGUGCGGGCGCGCUAAUUGGAUCGGAAUAACACGCCGACGGCGUCGGGCGCGAGAGAGGAGAGCCCAGGACCGGCGGCGGCACGGCAGCCCACCGUUACCGAGGAUAAAUAACCAGAGUCCAUCUCCCAAAGUCAAUGAGUAUAGUGGCAGAGGAGCCCCCGCGGUGGAGUCGGCCAGAGCUGCGCUUUUCCUAAAAUAUGACCAGGGGUGCUUGGAUGUGUCGGAAGCAAGAUGACGGCUUAAAUAUCUGGUUUGCACCCCGAGAGAACGAGAAGCCAUUUACCGAGUCGGAGCGGGCCCAGAGAUGGCGCCUAUCGCUGGCCUCUCUUCUCUUCAUCACCGUCCUGCUCUCUGAUCACUUGUGGUUCUGCGCCGAGGCCAAACUGACGCGGACCCGAGACAAGCGGCAGGACAAGCGGCUCGCCUUUACGGACAUGGUCGAGUACCCAAACUCCACUCACCACCACACCCCCUCCUCUGACCCCCAUUCCCCCCACGGCCCCCUUGCCAGAAAGCCAGAUGUUAUUUUUAUAGGGAAUUCUACCAAACCUCUGUGGCGACUGGACACCUGUCACCCGGACAGCUUGUCCAAAGACUGCUUCACUUUCACGGACGCAGAGUCGGUGUGCCUGGGCCUCUCCGGGGGCGGGGAGAGGACGCAGUCGGCAGACUUGAAUCUGAGCGAUUUGUAUCUUUCUUUUUGUAAUUCCUACUCUCUUUUGGAUUUGUUUAACGGGAUUACAAGUCCGGACAAUAUAAACUGCAGCCUGGACGUGGCUGAGGGUGACACGCUGGGAUGCAGCGAGUGUGUCCGGGUUUACCAGCGCUUUGACCGGCAAGCUCAGGAGGACUACCGGGAGUUUGAGCUGUUGGUUGAGAAAUAUGAGACUGAUGAAUACUCGGUCAGGACAUGUAUGGAGGAAUGCAAGACGGUAUAUAAGCCCUGGCUGUGCUCACAGUACUUCCAGACCACACAGAUGCACUGCAGUAAGAGGAUCCCGUGUGGCCAGUACUGUCUGGAGGUGCAGCAGAGGUGUCCCUUCAUCCUUCCCGACAAUGACGAUCUCAUCCACGGAGGAAGCCCCAGUUUUAUAUGCACAGGGCUGUUGGAGGAGUACCAUAGGGGUGUGGAUGCAGACGCAGAGUGCUGUGAUGUUCGGUGGGACUUCCAGACAGAAGCGGACAACAACCAUUCCCGGGGGACCCUCAAAAGAACUCACCCAUCCUGUCACCACCGUACCUCUCUCAGUUCCUCGGCCGUGUGCAGAGUGUGCAACAGCCGGCUCAAACUCUGCCUGCUAGUCCUUGUCCUCCUGCACACUGUCGCCUCCCUAACCGCAUCCCACAAUGCAACGGGACUGGGCCUCCCUGCCUCACUCGCCCCUCUGGAGGAGAGCUCCCCCGCCAAUGAGGAGUGAUGGGGUGGCCGAUGAUAUAGGUUGUCACGACAAUAUGAAACAUCUCCGCCUCGGUCGGGAAUGCUAUGUGCUGUUGGCUAGACGUCUGCAGCCGCUGUGCUUUCUGGGUAAUUGAGUCUUUGCAGAGGUGUUGGACUACUUAUAAAUGGAAGACAUGCAAAUCAAUCAAAACAAACAGACUUACAAACAAAGAGAGGAAAACAUGACAGUGUCGGGAACGUGGGACAAGGCAGCAGCCUGUGUUGAGUAGGAAGAACUCCUCACUGCUGAGUUUCUCUCACUGCGCUUUUUUACACUGUUUCCCUGUUCUGGCUUUCUGUUGCACUGGCCAACUACGGGAUAACACUCACUGUCCUUUUAGAAUGUCCAUCCUUUAUGUUGUUCCUUUAUGGGUCUCUUGUGCAGGAAGGAAAUGUCUCAUCAGUAUAGGAUAGAUAACAUCAAAAAGCAAAGUUGUGAGUGUGUGCAUACUUGUGUGUGUGUGAUUGUGUGUGGGUGUUUACUCUGAAGUCUCCACUUAUUUGGGUUCCCAUUCCUAAAGCGGCUUUAGAUGUAGGAAAGGACACUAAAAUGUUAGAGUAGUGGUUUGUUCUCAUGGUUCCGUGUGGCUAAAAUGGUAGAGAAUGGUGCUUACAGCGCCAGGGUUGUGGGUUUGAUUCCCACGGGGGACCAGUAUGAAAAUGUAUGCACUCACUACUGUAAAUUGCUUUGGAUAAGAGCAUCUGCUACAAUGUAAACAAAUUAUCCUUGGUAAAAUUAACGUACACCCAGACUACACUACUGGCCAGUGAUACAAUUGUAAUGCUUCUCAAUAUAGAAGACAACCCCUUGAUAUAGAAGUAUCCCACUAGCCUUUCUCUGUCCCUACCACACACUCUGUCCAUGCUCUGUGUCUUCUCAGCCCAGCACUCCACACAUAGCAGGUAUACUGUUUGUCUAAUCAAAAUGUCUUACCUCUAUUCUGUACGUGCAUGUGGAGGCUCUCUUAAUGAUGUGAAAUUCACAGCCUUGUUGGUUUGCUUUACAUAGCCUUAGCCCCCCUCUGUGGUAGAGAACACUACUGCACCCCCAAAAGACCACUAGUAAGGUAGCAUGUCCUCUGCUUUCUUCAACUAAUGUUACUUAUCUUACAUUAUGUAAAGGGCUUAUUUCUAUAUACAAACACAGACAAAAAUGUGCUUGAGGUAUGGCUUCAGGUAUCUCAGUUCACACUGCAUGCUUAGGGGUAUACCUUCAAAGGUAAGCAUUUGCUUAAAAUGUGUUUAAUGUGUUGCUAUAGAGAGCGGGCAGGUGUAGGACACAGUAUGUAGUAUGUUUGAGGAGAAACGUUGGGCGGCACAGUAAGGCUGAGAAGCUCAAUGGCAUUAUGUUAACAUUACUGUUAGCAUUAUGGUUUGUGUGAGCUGGAAGAAAAGGCAAUAUUUAAGGGCUGUUUUAAUCAUUUCUUGUCCCUUUGUUUUCUAGCUGAUUAACUGAACUGAUAGAUAGUGGUGUCAGGUUUUUUAGGCCUAACAAAUGUAUGCUGAAUGCAGAAUUCUCCACUUUCAUGUCUGUUGAAUAUAUAUGUUAGCUGCCUAUUGCUAGGUCCGGCUUGUCAGAUUCUACUAGUCAACUACAGGUCCCACAAAUUGAGAAACAAAUAGAAAACUGGUUCUCUGCUCA